AUGGGGGUCGGUGGGUGCUUAGCCCUGCCCUGGAGGUGCCUAGUCGUCCUCUGUCUCAGGCUGCUCUUCCUUGUGCCCGCAGGAGUGCCCGUGCGCAGCGGAGAUGCCACCUUCCCCAAAGCUAUGGACAACGUGACUGUGCGGCAAGGGGAGAGUGCCACGCUCAGGUGCUCCGUGGACAACCGAGUGACCCGCGUGGCCUGGCUGAACCGCAGCAGCAUCCUCUAUGCUGGCAAUGACAAGUGGUGCUUGGACCCUCGGGUGGUGCUCUUGGCCAACACCAAGACCCAGUACAGCAUCCAGAUCCAGGACGUGGAUGUGUAUGAUGAGGGCCCCUACACCUGCUCCGUGCAGACAGACAAUCACCCCAAGACAUCGCGUGUCCACCUCAUCGUGCAAGUGUCUCCAAAAAUCACUGAGAUCUCUUCUGACGUCUCCAUCAACGAGGGUGGCAACGUCAGCCUCACCUGCAUAGCCACAGGCAGGCCAGAUCCAACAAUCACCUGGAGACACAUCUCGCCCAAAGCUGUGGGCUUCAUCAGUGAGGAUGAGUACCUGGAGAUCACAGGCAUCACGCGGGAGCAGUCGGGCGAGUACGAGUGCAGUGCGUCCAACGACGUGGCAGCUCCUGUCGUCCAGAGAGUCAAAGUCACUGUCAACUACCCUCCGUACAUCUCGGAUGCCAAGAGCACCGGGGUGCCAGUGGGGCAGAAGGGAAUCCUACUGUGUGAAGCUUCUGCUGUCCCCUCUGCUGACUUCCAGUGGUACAAAGAUGACAAGAGGCUGGCUGAAGGACAGAAAGGACUGAAAGUGGAGAACAAAGCCUUCUUCUCCAGACUGACUUUCUUCAACGUCUCUGAGCAGGACUAUGGCAACUACACCUGCGUAGCCUCCAACCAGCUAGGAAACACCAACGCCAGCAUGAUCCUCUAUGAAGAGACAACUACUGCUCUGACACCCUGGAAAGGCCCAGGCGCAGUGCACGAUGGCAACAACGGCGCAUGGCGGCGAGGGGGCUGCCUGUGGCUGCUGCUCCUCCCCCUCGCCCAGCUCGCCUGCCAGUUUUGA